CGUGAGGCGGGCGCGAUGGCGGAGGAGCAGCGGGCGCUGCUGGGCGCUGAGGGCGGUGAUGGCUCCCAUGGCUCCCCCGGCCCUCCCCGAGCCCUGCCCGCCGCCUGCGACCCCCGCCGCCUCCCGCACCGCCUGCUCGUCCUGGCCCUCAUGUGCUUCCUGGGAUUCGGUGCGGGACGGGCCCGGGGGCUGCGUGUGGCGGGGGGGGUUGGGGUGUGGGGGCCGGGACACAGCCCUGAGGCGUCUCCUUCUCCCCGCAGGCAGCUACUUCUGCUACGACAACCCGGCCGCUCUGCAGACGCAGGUUCAGCGGAAACUGCUGUUUCUGCUUGGCUCCUCCUGAAUGCUCACUCUGGAAUGUUUUUCCCACUGCCCCUGUGCUGUGCAGGACAUGAAGGUGAACACAGCCCAGUUCAUGGCCCUCUAUGCCUGGUACUCGUGGCCCAACGUGGUGCUGUGCUUCUUUGGAGGCUUCCUGAUAGACAGAGUGUUUGGGAUCCGGUUGGGCACUGUAAUAUUCAGCAUCUUUGUGUGUGCUGGGCAGGUGGUUUUUGCUCUGGGAGCACUGUUCAAUACCUUCUGGCUGAUGGAAGUGGGCAGGUUCAUAUUUGGGGGAGCACGGUGAACAUGAAUAUUAUGGGAUGGAUCUACUCCAGAGUGCAGGAUCUCCUGGGCUCUGCUGGUCCCAGCACCCUCGGCCUGGCUCUGCUCAUAGGUGGGGUCACCUGUCUGUUCUCACUGAGCUGUGCUCUAAUCCUGGCUUACCUGGACAGGAGGGCAGAGAAGCUGCUGUGUAAAGAGCAGGGGAAAACAGGAGAGGUGAUCAAGCUGACAGAUGUGAAGGAUUUCUCCCUGUCCUUAUGGCUCAUCUUUGUCAUCUGUGUCUGUUACUACGCUGCAGUUUUCCCUUUCAUUGGCCUGGGGAAGGUUUUCUUUAUUGAAAAAUUCAGAUUUUCCCCUCAAGAAGCCAGUGCAAUCAACAGCAUCGUGUACAUCAUCUCAGCCCCCAUGUCCCCCGUGUUUGGCCUGCUGGUGGACAAGGUUGGCAAGAACAUCAUCUGGGUGCUGUGUGCUGUGGUCACCACUCUGGCCUCACACAUCAUGCUGGCCUUCACCUUCUGGAACCCCUGGAUAGCCAUGUGCCUGCUGGGCCUGGCCUAUUCCCUGCUGGCCUGUGCCCUGUGGCCCAUGGUGGCCUUUGUUGUCCCCGAGCACCAGCUGGGAACUGCCUAUGGCUUCAUGCAGUCCAUCCAGAACCUGGGCCUGGCAGUGAUUGCCAUAGCAGCUGGCAUGAUCCUGGACACCAGGGGAUACCUGUUCCUGGAGGUCUUCUUCAGUGCCUGUGUGUGCUUGUCUCUGCUAGCUGUGGUCAUGCUGUACUUUGUCAAUCACCUCACAGGUGGUGAUCUCAACUGGUCUGCAAAGAAAAGGGCAAAACUGCAAAAAGCAGCUGCUUCUGAAGCAGAAGAGCAGGAGAGGCUCAGAAGGCAGAACGAAGAUGAUUUGGCAAAAUUGCUGCCAAAAGCUGAUGCCUUUAGUUUAAGGAAUAAAUACCUGUCCAAGCUUGGAGCUCAGCUCCCAGCUCAUUACUCCUCCUGUUUCUCAACCCUGGCCCACAGAAGUGUGCUGAAAUAGCAGCCUGGCCCUGUGGAAACGCAGGAAUGCUCUGAAUUUCCUGGGACACAGAGCCCUGCACCAGCAGAUGCUCCGUGCUUUGCUGCCAGCCUAGAUCCCAGAUUUAAAACAUUGCCUCAAACUCCUCCUCCCUGGGCAGUGCCGAGAUCCUGAUGGGGAAUUGUGGAACCUCUGAGCAGCUGCUCCGGCCUCCUGCCCCAAAUGCUCCGUGAGUAGCUGGGCCAGGGCCAGGAUUUGAGCUCUGGCUGUGAAAGGGGAAAAGUCCAUCAUGAAAUGGCUGGGAUGGGCCUGGAUGGAGGUGGGGAUUCCCAGCCUCUCCUCAUGGACACCUUCAUUGCUCUGCUCUGUUCUUCUGAGAGGAGAAGGUGGGAGCAGCUCCCAAGGGAGUGUUGCAGAGCAAUCUCCAAUUCCAGAAGGACAAAAAGUGUUCACCUUGGAAUUCAUCCCAGGGCAGGAACAGCAAUAACCUCUCCAAGCCUGAAUAAUGUGAAAACUGAUUUAUUUUUAAGAAUUAAUGACUAAAAACUAUAGAAAGAGUUAAAGCAAGAGCUGGGUUUUGCUUCCAGAGGGAAAGGCCUUGAAUUCCAUGCUGGAACUCAUCAUUUUCCCAUCAUUUCAGUGGGAAUUUCAUUUCUCUCAUUUUUCCUUGCUGAGCAGGGAGUUCCCAGAGCUCCUGCAGAGUGCACUUUGCUUUGGUUUAAUUACUCCUCGAGGUAAUUGGAUAAAUUGUCCCUGAAGCUCGUGUGCUGCCCACCAAGAGUUUCUCUGUUUGGAGUUCCAUCCCUGUGGCAGUGAGAAAGAAACCAAACCAAAGUUUUGUGGUUGAAAUAAAAUUUCCUUUGUUGGAACACA